GCGUGCGCGUGCUCGGUAAGGGUGUGACGCGCAGGUCGCUGACGUCAUCGCUGUACCUGAGUUUCGGGCCGGAGUCGGAAAGUAAGAGAGUUUUACACUGAAGCUCGUGUGCGUUUUGUGCGUGUUUUUGUACGUUUAAGUGUGUUGGGAAAGUGAACGGAGAUUCAGUUGGAGUUUCAUUUGGAAUUUUUUUUUGGAGUUUUAUUUUAACUUCGGUAUUUCCUGCUUCCGGUUUAAGUCUCAGGGUCAUGUCUGUUCACCCUCGGCGUGUAAGGCUGAAGCCGUGGCUUGUUGCUCAGGUGGAUAAUGGGACAUUUCCUGGCCUUGUGUGGCUUGACCGCGAAGCGAAACGUUUCCAAAUCCCAUGGAAACACGCAACACGCCACACAUCUCAACAGGAGGAGGAGAACACCAUCUUCAAGGCUUGGGCUGUAGAGACGGGCAAGUUUCAGGAAGGUGUAGAUGAACCUGAUCCUGCAAAGUGGAAAGCUCAGUUACGGUGCGCCCUCAACAAGAGCCGCGAGUUUAAUCUCAUCUACGAUGGAACAAAAGAAGUUCCUAUGAACCCCCUGAAGAUCUAUGAUGUGUGUGACAUUCCUGCCCCUCUCAGCAACCCUGGUUCCACAGGUUCUGCUCCAGCAUAUGAAUCUGAUGGUGAAGAUGAUGAUGUUCCUGAUACACCAGAACCUCCCCCACCUCCAUAUCACCCACCAGUGGGCGGUUCUCCUCUGGCUCCAUCUGUGUGGACUUCUCCAGGCUCCUCCUCCCCCUUGCAGCCUUCCCCUCAGGUGUGGCCUAAAAAAGAGCCUCAGGACGUAGAGAUGAAUGCACCAGCAGCCAUGGAGAUCCAACCUGCUUCCAGCAUGGACACACAGCCAAUUACCGACGUGCUGUUCACUACACCGGAGACCUGGAUCAGCUCUCUGCCCAUGACGGAUCUGGAGGUACAGUUUUAUUACCGUGGAAAGGAGGUGUGUCCUGCGGCGACGGUCAGUAACCCACAGGGCUGCAGGCUGUUUUACGGGGACCUGGGGCCCAUGGUGAAUCAGGAGGAGCUUUUUGGACCUGUGAGUCUGGAGCAGCUGCGUUUCCCGUCCACUGAACACAUCACUAACGACAAACAGCGUCUCUUCACCAACCGCUUGCUCGAUGUUAUGGACCGUGGCCUCAUCCUGGAGAUCAGUGCACACGACAUCUAUGCUGUGCGUCUCUGCCAGUGUAAAGUGUACUGGUCUGGCCCGUGUGGUCCAAACGCCAACGCACCCAAUCUCAUCGAGCGCCAGCGCCGAGUCAAACUCUUCUGCCUUGAGACCUUCCUCAGCAGUGUAAUCGCUCAUCAGCGUGGUCAGACUCCAUCUCUGCCUCAGUUCGAUAUUCACCUUUGUUUUGGUGAGGAGUGGCCUGAUGGACGUCCAAGAGAGAGGAAACUCAUCAUGGUGCAGGUGGUCCCUGUGGUGGCGAGGAUCAUCACUGAGAUGUUCAGUUCAGAUGGAACUCGCUCCUUCGACAGCUCUAGUGUACGUCUGCAGAUUUCUGUCCCGGACAUUAAGGACAACAUUGUCACGCAGCUCAAACAGCUGUACCGACUACUGCAGAAUCACCAGGGCAAUGAGGCCUGGCCACUCCCACCUGGUGGCCCUGCCCAUUUGCCCCACCCCUUGCAUGCACAAUGAUGCCAAAAAACACACACAGCUGUGUUUUCUUGUGUACAUUAAAACAUGUAUUUAGUUUAUUGUAAUAUUAUUGUUCUGUAGCAUUAAAGGUGGUUGUGUGUUUGUGUUUAUAGUAUUGGUGGGCAUGUCAGCGGGAGGGCGUGCCAGAGGGUGGGCGUGUACAAUGUCUUAUGCUUAUAUCAAUUUCAAACUGUUUUAUUAGUGACUGUCCCCUGAUUGGCUAAACACACACUCAUUUCCCUUUCACACGUGUGCAUUUUUUAAAGUGGACAUUGACCCUAAAGUCUAUAGUCUGGGGUCUGUCCUAAUUCUGUUGUCCCCUAAUCCCUUAAAACUGUUCACAUUCAGCAGGUCUAUAUACUGUACCCUCAUGUCAUUGUUAUUUUUAAUAUUAUUAUUUCAGAUAAAAAUAAACAUUUUCUAAUUAA